ACCUUAAGUUUCGCUAAAAAUUAAAAUACGACCAAUACGACAUGAGUUGAUUAGAGGCUUUAAAACAAUUUUUUUGUUUUUAAAUAAUAUUGAUUUUACAAGCUGACGAUUAAUUGUGAAUGUAUACGGUGAAAAUCAAAAUAAUUAUAAAAAAAUGUUUCGCAGGUUUGCCAUUCUUUUAAGAUUUAAUCAACGACGAACAAUUACUUCUGCCAUCGCUGUUAAAGGUUACAAGACUAGAGUAAGUUCAAAGUCAAGAUUUUUUCCCACAUUUGGAUCAUUUUAUGCAUUGAGUUUAUGGAAGGCUAAGAAAACUGAAGAAAAUGAAUCCUCAAUAAUGACGACUAAGGAACUUUUAAUAGCAAAAGCUGAUGCACUAUUCGAACAAGAGGAAUAUAAGCAAAUUUAUGAAUUGCUCAGUGGCUUCAAGAGUAAUAAGAAUGUCGAAAUCUUAUGGAGAUUGAGUCGAGCUCUGUAUAAAAUGUCCCUCUCUGCAACUGAGGUUGAAGCAAAAAAAAUGGUCUUCGAAGCAUACGAUACAAUUUCAUCAGCUCUUGAAAUUGAUGAAAAUCAUUGGGCAGCUCAAAAAUGGAUGGCAAUUAUUCUUGAUGCAAAAAGCGGCUAUGAGGGAAUGAAAUCUCGUAUAAAUCAAUUGCACAAUGUUAAGAAGCACAUGCUAAAAGCAAGCGAACUGAAUCCUGCAGAUGCUACAACACUCUAUUUAAUUGGUAAUUGGUGUUACCAAAUCUCCAACUUAACCUGGUAUCAGAGAAAAAUAGCGUCAGCAAUUUUUGGCAAACCACCAAGUUCAAGUUACGAGGAGGCUCUCACCUAUUUUGAAAAAGCAGAAAUUGUUGAUCCAAAUUUUUACAGUCAAAAUCUCUUGAUGCUCGGUAAAAGUUGUUUGAAACUAAAUAAAAAGGAAGAAGCACUCAAGUAUUUGAAAUUAGCUUCUGAAUUUUUAGCAAAAAAUGAUGAGGAUCAACAAGCAAAGCAGGAAGCACAAAAAUUAUUGAACAGUAUUUCGCCGUAAAUACAUUUAUUUAUUUAAAAAAUUUUUAUAUCUUUCGAUAAUCAUAAAAAUCGAUGACUAAUUUUUAUUGGUGCGUUUAUAAUUGUUAUUUUUGUAUGUAUAUAGAAUUUAUUUUUUAUAAACUAUUUGUAAUAGUAAAAUAAUA